UCAAAUGGCAGAUACAAAAGAUACGAAAAAUAAAGUGAUACCACCAUGCACAACAACAACAUCAACAAAUACCCCAACAAUCACAUCCACAACAAUGAAAACAAAACAACGGAAAAGUACUACGAGCAGCAGUAGUAGUACAACUAGUACUGGUAGUAACGAUACAGUUAUAACUAGUCCAACUAGUAAACCUUCUACAACUAGUAAUAUUAAUACAGCAACUAGUACAAGGAAUACUGCAACUGGUACGAGUUGUACAUCUAGUAAUAUUAAUACUACAACUAGUACAAGAAGUACUGCAACAAGUAAUAUAAAUAGUGCAAAGAGUACUGUAACUAGUAUGAGUAGUACUACAACUGGUAAUAUUAAUAUUACAACUAGUAAUAUUAAUACAGCAACUAGUAGUAGUACAAGGAGUACUGCAACUAGUUAUAUAAAUACAUCAACUGGUACAAGUAGUAUUACAACUAGUAUAAGUGGUGGUACUGCAACUAGUAAACCUGCUAGUUGCACGUACAUGUCAACACAUACUACUAGUCUUGGUUCAACCGCAACAAGUAAAAAUAAUAAUAAUAAUAUAACAGCAACCACUACAACAUCAACCAGUGGUGGAGCGCUCUCAUCAAAUGUUGUAACAUUAGUAACAAGUAACAAAUCAAAUGAAUCAAUUGAACGUGAAUCAAUCACAUCAUCAAAUGAACAAAUUAAUCAGCCGUUAUCUCAACAGCCGAAUCAACAUCAAACAAUACCAAUUCCAAUACCAGAUUUCUCAAAUUUAGUACGUUUAAGAAAAUCAGCACUUGGUAAAUCCGCGCCAUCUUUAUCAGCCAAUAUGCAACAAGGAAUUGAUUUAAAUAACGUAUCACGUCGUAAUAGCCGUACAAUGUCCACCCAGCAUCGUUUAAGCUACGUAUCAAACGCAAGUCCAACAACAAAUAACACCAACUAUACCGCAAUGCAACAGCAACAUCAUAAUAACAAUAACAAUAAUUUAAUUCAACAACAACAACAACAGAAUUAUCAUCAUUACCAUCAUCAGCAGCAUGGUAGUCAUUACCAUCAUAGUCAUGCGUAUCGAUCACAUUCACCUGUAUCAAGUGGCUCACCAGUUGAUUCACCACCAGCUAGAACAUAUUCACCAAAUAUGAUAUUAGUGCCAUCUUUUAAACGGAGUAGUGUGAUUGGUUGUAGAGGCGAUGGAAGAAGAUGGUCCGUUGCAUCUUUACCAUCCUCUGGUUAUGGUACAACACCCGGUAGCUCAAAUAUGUCGUCCAAAUGUUCGAGUCAAGAGCGUUUGCAUCAAUUACCUCACAUACCAACAAGCGAUGAGCUCCGUUUACUGUCACACCAUCUUUCACGUGAAACAAUUACAACAACGUCCACAACAUCUUGUACAUCUUGUACAACAAGUACAACGUGUACUGAAGGCACUCAUGUUCACCACGGUACGAAUAAUUCUAACAAUAUCGCAAACGUUGCUAUUGGAGAUAACAAUAUCUUACAUAAUCAACAAUCAACGGGCUAUAGACCUCGAUCUCGUUCCCUAAGUUCACCAAGUCGUUCCCCCGUUAUCGAUAACAAUGAACUCUCAAUGAUGAACAUGCUGUACAAAGAACGAUUCCCAAAAGCCACACAACAGAUGGAAGAACGCUUACAACAAUUUAUUAACGAGUACAAAGAUAUCGAAACAAGUAUUAUGCAAUUAUCGGCAACUAUUGAGCAACAGCAACAACAAUCAGCCAAUUCUUCAUCAACAACAUUCGAACAUAACGACGCAUUACCGAUUGCACGAUUCGUACAUCAUCAAGUAUUAGAAAUUGCUCGAGAUUGUUUACAUAAAUCACAAUCGAAAUUAAUCACAAGUCGAUAUUUCUAUGAAAUAUCCGAUAAUCUAGAACGAUUAUUACUCGAAACGAAAGAAAAAUCGUUUGAAGCAUCGAUACAUGUGACUAAUCUUAUCAAAAAAUUAUUAUUGAUUAUAUCCCGUCCGGCAAGGUUGUUAGAAUGUUUAGAAUUUGAUCCGGAGGAGUUUUAUCAUUUACUAGAGGCAGCUGAAGGACAAGCGAAAUGUGUUCAAGGUAUUAAAACUGAUAUACCGAUUUAUAUUAUCCAAAAAUUAGGUUUAAAUCGUGAUCCAAUUGCGGAAUUACAAUUAGAAUUAAAGAAAUCCGAUUCGAUUAAUAAUAUGUUAACGUUAACUCCAACCACCGAAUUAGCUGAUCAACAGCAACCAGAAAACGAAGAUCAUUGGAUUAAUCCAAAUAACACGACACCAAAAACAUCAACGGCAUACACUUCAACAGGACCUAGUGAACAUGAUUACGAUAUUAUCAAGCUAAUAUCGAACGGAGCCUAUGGUGCGGUUUACUUAGUUAAGCAUAAACAAACGCGACAACGAUUUGCGAUGAAAAAGAUCAAUAAAAAUAAUUUAAUAUUACGGAAUCAAGUUGAUCAAGUUUUCGCUGAACGUGAUAUUUUAAGUUUUGCGGAUAAUCCGUUUGUGGUUAGCAUGUAUUGUAGUUUUGAAACACGACGCCAUUUAUGUUUGGUUAUGGAGUAUGUGGAGGGAGGGGAUUGUGCAACACUGUUGAAGAAUAUUGGACCGUUACCGUCUGAUAUGGCACGCUUUUAUUUUGCGGAAACAGUUUUAGCUGUGGAAUAUUUGCAUAGUUAUGGAAUUGUGCAUCGAGAUUUAAAACCAGAUAAUUUAUUAAUAACCGUCCUAGGACAUAUAAAAUUAACGGAUUUUGGAUUAAGUAAAAUGGGUUUAAUGUCAUUAGCAACAAAUUUAUAUGAAGGUUACAUUGAUUCUGAAACGCAACAGUUUUCUGAUAAACAAGUGUUUGGCACCCCUGAAUAUAUUGCACCAGAGGUGAUUCUACGACAAGGUUAUGGUAAGCCGGUUGAUUGGUGGUCAAUGGGUAUUAUAUUGUACGAGUUUUUAGUUGGUUGUGUACCAUUUUUUGGUGAAACGUUAGAAGAAUUAUUUGCACAUACUGUAAAUGAUGAUAUUGAAUGGCCCGAUCCAGAUGAUUGGCCCAUCCAGAUUGAAGCCAAGGACUUAAUAAAUUCCCUACUCGCACAAAAUCCACGUGAUCGCCUCGGUACAGCCGGACCACAUGAAGUAAAAGAACAUGCAUACUUCAAUGGACUUGAUUGGAAUUCGUUGCUCCGACAAAAGGCAGAAUUCGUACCACAAUUAGAUAACGAUGAAGAUACCAGUUAUUUCGAUAGUCGAACAGAUCGAUAUAAUCAUGAAGUUGCGGACGAUACAGACGACACAGAUGAUUCACCGGUAUUUGGAUCAUUUUCAUCGUGUUCCCCUCAGUAUCGUAAACAGACUACGGCCGCUUCGUUGUUUAUUAAUAAUGCGUCGCGAUUAUUGUUUGAUAAUAAUAAUCAAGCGGCGAUUAGUACGGUUACCACAAGUGUUGUGACAGUUACAACUACCAGUAAUAAUAACAAUACUUUGGCCACAACCGCUCCAAUAACGAGUACGAGUGAAAUGGUCGUAAAAACAACAAGUCAACCAAUGUCGUUACCGAUUAUUACAACAUCAACUGUUACGAAAUCAACUACUACAACCACCGCGAAAUCCAGGUAUUUAAGUAAUAGUGGAAGUAGCAGUAGCUCUGGGAAUUACAUCGAUUGCAAUUAUGGUAUAAUUCCGAAUGCUCCACCAACAACGCCUGCGCACAAUACAUGUGAUAAACGUAUCGAUGCAUUUAUCAAUCAUAGUGUUGAUUUAAAUACUCCUCCAAAUACAGCUUUUGCAUCAACCGCGAAUAAAACUCCACUCUCGAUAUUCGACGAUGUACAUCGAUUACACAAGCUCCAAACAACAAAUGAAUCUACGAUGAAUACAAAAACCACUGAUAAGAUCCUAUCAACUCCGGAAUCAUCACAAACUGAUUCCGAUGACGUAUCUCCUCAGAUACAACGUCGACGAAGGAUUAUCAGCGGAUCGUCGGGAUCGGGAAGUGCAUCAAAUGCGUUGUUACCAAGAUUUGCGAUUUCUAUGGAGGAUGAUCAUACACCAUGUGGGGACACAACUACUACAACAAUUACGACGACGAUAAAUAAUACAUCGUUUACGAACACACCGAUUAAUAAACAUCGGUCGCGUAGUGUUGUGAAAAGUGCGUCCGCAACCGGUCUAUCGUUGAUUAUACCGACGGAUGAGUUGUAUCAACAGCAGAAUCAGCAACAUCAUCAUCCACAUCAUCACUAUCACCAUUGCAGUCAUCAUCAUCAUCAUCAUCACCAUAUGAAUUUGAAUUCUCCAAGUGGGAUUGUGGGAACUUAUAGUAGUGCAGGAAGCGGCUCAGGUGGUGGAGGGGGUUCUAGUACAGCAAGUUCUCGAGAUACAUCACCAUGUCGUGAACUUUCUCCACUUGUGAGUUCCUAUAAACCACCGAUAAUCAUCAAGCGUGGUCCUCGCGGCUUUGGAUUUACUGUACACACAAUACGUGUUUACUAUGGUGAUACCGAUUUCUAUACAAUGCAUCACCUAGUGAUGGCUGUAGACGAAGUUGGUCCAGCUUACGAUGCUGGUCUACGACCUGCAGAUUUAAUUACACACGUAAAUGGUGAACCGGUUCAAGGGUUAUACCAUACCCAGGUCCUACAACUGUUACUUGGCGGUGGUGAACGCGUUAGUUUACGAGCAACACCAUUGGAGCACACGUCCAUUCAAACUGGUGGACGAAAACGAAAUGCUACACAGGGUAAAUUAGCACGACGAUCGGUACAUCGACAGCGUAAACAAAAACGAUUGUCAACAAGUGGUAUUGGAGGUGGUGUCAGUGGUACGGUUGGUGAUGGAUCUCCUACAACUUCACCUUCAUCAUCGUCUUCUACGUCAUCGGUGUCUGUUUCUGAGAAACGUCGAAAGGCAUCGUUGUUUCGUAGAAUUAGUAAUAAACGAGCAAGUGUUGAAAUGCAACAGAUAUCAAAUGUAAUGUCUGUUACUCCAACAAUUGUAACACCACCGAAUCAUCAUCGCAAUCAAUCAUACAUCCCACGUACCCCAGAUAGUACCACAUUCAUAACAAAUUCACCGAUACGUGCUGGAGUUAGUACUACUGGAGGUGGUGCAGGUCCAGGUGGUUGUGAUAACGUAAUUGAUCAACAACAACGAUUUAGUAAUAAUUUUAGUGGUUGUAGUCCAUUAUCAUUAAAUUCAUCAUCUCAGUCAUCAUCACCGAGUUCAUCAACUCCAAACACACCAACAGCCAACAAUAAUAAUGUUACAUUGACAUCAUCUCCAUCCUCAAGCUCGUCAACGUUGAAUAACAGUAUAGUCCAGAGUAGUAGCAGUAGCAGUUUAACUAGUCCAAAUAUCAAGCAACAACAGCAACAUUAUCAACGUCCAUCAACGUUGCACGGUCUUAAACACAAGUUGCACAGUUCAACUUGUUCAAAAAGUCUGCAUAAAUCAAGUCCGUCAUGCGCUAGUGGUAAUUCAAAUACUAGUACUUCAACUGGAAUUAGUGGAAUUAGCACAAUUGGUCCGAUUGGCAUUGGUAUAGUGGGCCCAUCACGCCGUAAAUCCGUUGGACAUAUACCGCUAUCACCGUUAGCACGGACUCCAUCACCAAGUCCCCUGCCAAUAUCGCCAACUCGAUCACCGUCGCCGUUGGCAUUUACAAUCGUUGGCCAUCAACAAGGUAGUUCAAAUACAACGCAAUCGUAUAGUCCAGGUGUUGUGAUUGGUACUGGAAUGAGUGGAAGUGGAACGAGUAGUAUUGGAGUGGGUGGUCCAUUAGCUAAUACAUCGUCUACAUCGAAUGUUGUGGGUACUUUGAAUAGUAAUAGUAGUAGUCCGUCACAAAAUAAGAAGAGUUAUGUGCGUCCAAAGAGUGCUGAACCUGGGUCACCAUUGUUGAGGCGUGCAUUGUCACCGGAUCGAUUACAUCCACGUAGUGCUGAAGGUAAAUGUACGUUAAUCUCACCGUUAUGCUCCUCAACAAGUGGUAGCGUAUCUCGUGUAUCAACCAGCACCGGUGGUGUUUGGCGUGCCGCUUCUGUUAUCACCACAACAACCACAUCAACUUCCUCCUCGUCAACAAGUACAUUUACAAGUGGCAUCAGUUGUACAACAAAUACGAAUCCCGUAACAUGUACAAGUAACAGUAAUUACAUCACAAUACCUGCAACCUGCACCGUCGACAAAGAUAAUAAACAUGCACAAAAUAACGAAUAUCUAGAUAGUUCAAUGCAAAACAGUGAUAAUCAACAAGCAUCACAAUUAUCGUUAGCGCUAGUUGGUCCUAAUGAAUUAUUACCUAGAAUUGCUGAAGAGAAGGACUCACCAACAAAUUCAAAUCAAGAGAAUCCGCCCUCAUUAACAACAAAUUCGCCUCUAACUGGAAUUGUGAAAAGACUUAAUAUCGAAGUUUAUCGUAAUAUUUAUUCAUUGAAUGAUCGAAGUAUAAGAAAAAAUACGUUUUCAGUUAUUGUCAGGAUCUGUUUUAAGCUCUUUUGUUUUCAAUUUCUUAAGCCAGAAAAUAUUUUAAUCUUAGGGCUAACUGGAUCGUAAUCCCGGGUCGCCCAAGAGUUAACAUAAAAAAACGACGACACCACUUGUAGGGCCUACAUGGAGGAUGAUGAAACUUCCUUUCAUGUAAUUUUUACGCCAGAUUCAGAAUGUUCGAGUCUGAAACCUUGGAUCCAUCAAUCCUGGGAGAGAUCCCCUCGUAGAAGCUGUUUGAUUUUGCGUGGCGUUUGGUGUCGGAAGAAUCCGAUAGCUUCAUCUGAUUUUAAUAGCAUUUCUUACCUGAAAACUCGUCUUCGAGUGACUGUUGCUCUCAAGAAGGGUACAGAGGAAUCCCUUAGUCCAGGUGCUAGGGAUCUACUUACCAUGACACCUAUCAUUCAAUUUGGUUAUUGUUUCCUAAAUGACAAAUUUUAGACGUAGAAAAAACUGACAAGAUAAAUAAUAGAAUAAUAUUAAGAAUACAAAGUUUUUAGUCCUUGAUUUAUUUGUGAGAUAUCGACCUUAUACCUUGACUUCUCGUGUAUCGACCUUGUACCUUGAAUUUCGUACCUUGACGACUAAUUUAACAGGAAAAUCACAUAAUUUCCUCAAAAUACUAAUUUUAUUUAAAGUUAAAGAAGAGAAAAUAAAAACCAAUUGAAAACAAACAAUUGACUUAGUGAAUUUUU